AUGUUUGAGACAUUUCAACCUUUUACUGUCACCACCCAAGAGACUCCAGAGCGUGUCUCGAUCAGCGGUAUCAGGAGCGGCAACGCAGAUAGUGGCCUACCGCCUUUGCUCCUCCUUCAUGGAUUUCCUCAAAGCCGCCACAUAUGGCACCGUGUUGCAUCUCAUCUGAUUGCAAAAUACACCGUGGUGAUUCCAGAUCUUCGUGGCUAUGGAGAAUCGUCCAAGCCUACAGAUGUGUCGGCAUACGCCAAAAGCGCUAUGGCCCGAGACUGCGUUGUCGUCAUGAACGAGCUUGGAUUCAAAGAGUCCUUCUUUGUCUGCGCUCAUGAUCGGGGGGCGCGUGUCACGCACAAACUCUGUGUUGACUAUCCGGAAAGGGUGCAAAAGGCUAUUCUGUUAGACAUUUGUCCGACCCUAGCCAUGUACUCGGUCAAGGAUCCGGCGUUCGCAAUGUCGUACUUUCACUGGUUCUUGUUGAUCCAAAAGGAGCCGCUGCCCGAAACUCUUCUGUUGGCUUGUCCCCGGAGAUUUGCAGAACUGUUUAUGGGGGGAAGACAGAAAAGAGGACUAGACAUUUUUGACGAGCAGUGCUUUGAGCAUUAUGUCAAGAACCUCAGCGAUCCCGCCACUGUGCAUGCAAUGUGUCAGGACUACCGAGCCAGUGCGACAUUAGAUUUGGAGGAGGCGCGGGCCGACCUGCGUCGCGGGAGACUAGUACGCAGUCCUCUGAGAGUUCUAUGGGCUAAUUCCGGCGUCAUGGAGACCUGUUUUGAGACUAUCAAAGAGUGGCAAGCGGUGGUAGAAACAGGUGUUGAGGUGAGUGGCCACGGCAUUGUAUCGGGCCAUUACAUCCCAGAGGAUGCGCCGAACGACGUUGUGUCACACAUAUUAGACUUUUUGGUCUAG